AUGUUGGUUUAUUCGAAUUUAUCAAAUCAUCCGAAACUACAUAGAAGCUUUGUGGGAAAAGUUUUAGGAGCUGGAUUAGGUGUUAAAAGAUUAAAGAAAGGUGAUUUGGUUUAUGGACUUCAUGAUUUAAAAAGGUCAGGUGCAUUGGUCCAACAGAUGGUCAUUGAUAAGGAUUUGGUGGCAAUUGCCCCCGUUCAUCCGAAUCUAUCCAUGGUACAAAUCGCUUGUUUACCCGCGCUUGGGGUUCCCUCAUAUCUUGUUAUGAGUACGAUAUGUGUUGGUUUACCAAAAGGAUCAAAGGACUUGAAGCAAUUUUGUCCGAAUCAAGAUCUUUGGGUAACAUGUCAUCCCACCAUCGCCACUAGUGUAGAAGAGAUUGGGAUCCCGAUAGCUAGAUGUGAACUAAGAGGAGCAAGAGAAGUGAUGGUAGAAGACAGUAUCUUAAGUUCGGUAAGCUCGAUCCAUGAAUCAUCAUACGAUGUAGUGAUCGAUACGAUAGGUGGUCGAAGGAUAUAUGAUGCAUCACGUAGGAUCUUACAUCAUGAAGGGAUGUUCAUUACUUGUGUUGGUGAUAGUUUAGGAAUGAAAAACCUAAAAGAUAAAAAAAUUGGGUAUUGGUGUUUAGGUCCUGAAACGGAAUAUGAUGGAGAAAGACAAACAAUCCGAGAGGGGUUAGAUGAGAUUCGUAAGAUCAUUGAAGAUGAUGAAGAUUGUUUUAGUAGGUUUGAAGAAGAUAUACAACCACAUGAGAUUGCUGGUGGGGUACUAGGCUGGUAUAGGAAUCGAUUUAAAAGUCAAGAUGGAUUGUCAAAUUUGAUUUGUAAUCUUUCACCUGUGAUUGGUACGAUUAUUGAUUUUGAAGAAGGGUUUAAAGCGUCUGAUAGAUUUGCAAAGUUUGAGAAUUCAGCCCCAUCUUUGAUCAUUGAAGAACCGAUUGAUGAUCGAGAAGAUCAAAUUGAUCUUUUCACAGGUUCAGUUGUGGUGGUUAAAAUCAAAUCCAGGAUAAACCAGAAACUAAAAAUGAAGAACUCUUCAGUUUUGAUCAGACCUACUACUUUUGCAUCAAGAGCUUGCCAAUAUUUUUGCAAACAAGUAGGGGACAAGUCACAAGGAAGGGUUCGGGGUGUACCAAAACACAAUUGUGCUCAAUUUGAAAAAAGUUUCGGGGAUACGUUGAAGUGUUAUUGGAGAGCAUUUGAUUGA